GAUAACUUGUGAAACUUGCAGGUGUGUGUGUGUGUGUGCUCAGGUAGCUUCCUCCCCCGCCACCCUCCGUCCUUACCUGUCCGGUGAGUCUGCUCCUCACACCGGAGGGACGGUGUCCAACCUGCCGCUGUGCUCCAUUGAAACACCUGGGAACCGAGAGGGGACAGCAUGAGUCACAUCACACCGGAGAGGAGUUUCGACUGAAGUUUUAGACCUUUUUUAUAGAUAGAAAAGCCCGAAAAUGACACAGAGGAGGAAGAUGUUUUCCUUCCUGCGGUCAGUGAGAGACCGUCCUCCGGAGGAUAUCCACAUCUCCUCUCUGCCUCCCAGUGUUCCCACAGACCAGGAGCCAGAGCAGAACGGAGGACAAGAUAUUUCAGCCGGGGACAUGGAGAGAGAGAAAUCAGUGGUCCAGACGACGCACACACACAGAGGCUCCGCCCCCUCAGUCUUCCUCCAGAAACAGAAUAAUGAACCGGUUUCUAGUACCUACUUUGAACAAAAGGUCCCUGUUCCCGAGGAGGACAGCGAGAAGUGCUUCAGUUUCAGGAAGCUGUGGGCCUUCACGGGGCCGGGCUUCCUGAUGAGCAUCGCCUACCUGGACCCCGGGAACAUCGAGUCGGACCUGCAGUCUGGAGCUAAAGCUGGCUUUAAGCUCCUCUGGGUGCUGCUGGCGGCCACCAUCAUCGGCCUGCUGCUGCAGCGGCUCGGCGCUCGACUCGGCGUCGUCACGGGGAUGCACCUGGCCGAGGUCUGCAACCGGCAGUACCGCACGGUUCCUCGUAUCAUCCUGUGGUUGAUGGUGGAGAUCGCCAUCAUCGGCUCCGACAUGCAGGAAGUCAUCGGCUGCGCCAUCGCUUUCAACCUCCUUUCCUCCGGCAGGAUCCCGUUGUGGGGAGGUGUUCUCAUCACCAUCAUCGACACGUUCGUCUUCCUCUUCUUGGACAAAUACGGCCUCAGGAAGCUGGAGGCCUUUUUCGGUUUGCUCAUCACCGUCAUGGCCAUCACCUUCGGAUAUGAGUAUGUGACGGUGGGUCCGGAUCAGGGCCAGCUGCUGAAGGGGAUGUUCGUGCCGGGCUGCAAGGGCUGCGGCCCGGUUCAGAUGACUCAGGCCGUCGGCAUCGUGGGGGCCGUCAUCAUGCCUCACAACAUAUACCUCCACUCCGCUCUGGUCAAGUCUCGAGACGUGGAUCGGUCGAACAAGAAAGAAGUAAAGGAGGCCAACAAAUACUACUUCAUAGAGUCGACCGUGGCGCUCUUCAUCUCCUUCCUCAUCAACGUGUUUGUGGUGGCUGUGUUCGCCGAGGCUUUCUAUGAGCGAACAAACGAAGAAGUGUACAACGUCUGCAAUCAAACGGGAAGUCCUAACUCACAUAUCUUCCCUCUGAACAAUGAGACUCUGGAGGUGAACCUCUACAAAGGGGGAGUGGUGCUCGGCUGUUUCUUUGGCCCGGCGGCGUUCUACAUCUGGGCCGUGGGGAUCCUCGCAGCUGGUCAGAGCUCCACCAUGACGGGAACGUACUCCGGACAGUUUGUCAUGGAGGGUUUCUUGAACCUGCGCUGGUCGCGUUUCGCUCGGGUGUUUUUGACCCGCUCCAUCGCCAUCACCCCCACCCUGCUGGUGGCCAUCUUCCAGGACGUGCAGCACCUGACGGGCAUGAACAACUUCCUCAACGUGCUGCAGAGCAUGCAGCUGCCAUUCGCUCUCAUCCCCAUCCUCACUUUCACCAGCCUGCCAUCUCUCAUGAACGAGUUUGCCAAUGGAUUAGUGUAUAAGAUCGGGGGAGGCCUGGUGAUCCUGGUGGUCUGUGCCAUCAACGCGUACUUCGUGGUGGUCUACGUGACGGAGCUGAACAGUGUGUGGCUGUAUGUGCUGGCUGCGUUCCUCUCCAUAGCAUACCUGACAUUUGUGGGAUAUUUGGUGUGGUUGUGUCUGAUCGCUCUGGGAGUUUCCUGCCUGGAUCCGAGCACCAGGAGAGGGAACGACACGGGGACCCUGAUGGAGACGCAGCCGGAGUUCGACUCCUGAAUCACAUGAGGACUUUAUCUAAAAGAGGUAUGCAACGUUACAAGAAGAAGAUGGCACCAGAAAUCAGGCACAGAUAAUGCAUUUCAAAUUGAUUCAGUAAAAAGUGGCAUCAGCAGAAGACCGCAUGACAUUUUCCAGCUCUGCGGACCAUACUUAUUUUGUAUAUAUUUUUACAUAGAUCUGUCAGUGCUGCCUCAAAAUGUCCGACACCAGGAAUGCAAACAGCGGGGCCAUUCCUGUUUAUGUCUUGCAUUGUGGCCUCUGUGGGCCUGGCAGAGCUUAAUGGGCCCACAUGUGUUUGGAAAGGCUACACUGACUAUUUCAACUCUACUUAUUCCUUUAUUUACAACUUUAUUUAAGUGUUUCUUUGUGUUUUCAUGACCUAAAUGCCUUAUUGAUGAAUGUUUUAUGAUCUGCUGUUGCUAAACUCCUCAUCAGUUGCUCAGGUGGAGAAAGUACUUGGAUCCUUUACGUCAGGAAAAGUAGAAAUGGGCCUAAAAUACUCCAUUACAAGUUAAAAUCCAGAAUACAAGAUGUUACUUUAGUAAGUAAAUGAAAAAUAAUGUUAUCAGCUAAAUUAAUGUGACGUAUCAAAAGUAGAUUAAUAUAUUUGUGUAGAAUAUUAUAUCAUGUUUUAACCCUAACAAAUGCAUGUCAAAACAUUUUAAUAUUGUAGUUUAUUAAUGUGGAGCUUAUUUUAGAUGAUCAUAACAGUACUGCAUCCAUGUAUAUCAGCCAUGCACAUAUUAUAAAAUGCAGUGCAAUACUACAAAUAUAUAUAUAGGAUUAUUUAUGUGCAAAGAGUAACCGUAUUUAUGUACAAAUGUAACUACUAUUUUGAGUGAAAUACAUGAAGUGUAUUAAAAAGUACAAUAUUUACCUCUGAAAUGUAGUGGAGUAGAAAUAUAAGGUAGCAUAAAUGGACAAAUAAAGCACCAUAAUGUCAAAAUAAUACUAAAGUAUGGCACUUGAGUAAAUGUACUUGGUUACAUUCCACCAAUGCUCACAAUGCAUCAGAUUUAAUCAGGUUUUAGAGGAUAAGGAGGCGCUGCGUGCUGUAAAUAAAAAAAUAUAUCCGGGGACCAACUGGUCGACCACAUUGCCAAACAUGAUGUCAAACCCACUUCCAUUAUUUGAACACGGUAAAACAAAUGUGUUUUAGGUUUUCCCACCGUUCAGGGAAUCACUUUACAAAAACAAAGUGAAAAGUGAUUCCAGCUGAUUACAACUUAUUUUCAUAAAUAAACAGCAAGUAUUCUUUUUUUUUUUAUUAACAACA